AUGCGUACCAGAGUAUGGUUCACUAUCAUCCCAUCAAUUCUGUUGUAUAUCAUGUAUCUACCACAAUGCGAAUCAGGAUUCUUCAUAUCGAUUUUCUGUUGGUUAUUUUCACAGUGGUCAGCUUGUCGAUUUUACAAUAACCCAUAUGAAUUUAUCAAAAACCUUACGUUGUCGGUGAUGGUUGGUCAGGAGUCAACGAUACAGACAACGAAGUAG